CCCCAAGAGGUUUAGGUUAACAAAUUUCUCAAAUUUAGCGGUGUGAGGUUACACAGUGUGAUGCGUACACUUACUGCGGUGUGAGGGGGAGGUCGCAAGAAUGAAAAAAGAAGAAGAGGAGGAGGAGGAGGAGGCAGAAAGUGAGGUAUGGUGUCAAUGAGGGCAGCUGCUGGUACAGCCUGCAGCCAGACAAGGCUGAAAUUUGAGACUUGCACAACCACAGAGCUGGAUGGAAGGAGGGAGGGGGCAGAGAGAGAGAGAGAGAGAAACACAAGUGGGAGAAAGAGGGAGGGAGAGAGAGAAUGUCCAUCGAGGAAAAAGAAGGCAAAGUAUGCAGGCUGGAGCCUCGAGGCAGAGCGAGCAUGCAGGGAAACGUAGUGAGAGAGAGAGAUAGUGACGUGAUGGAUGAAGUGUAGCAGGGAGGGCGAAUAAAAUUAGUAACAAUCAAGUCAGAGUGUGUGUGAAAAGACUAAUGUGUGUGUGUGUGUGUGUGUGGACAAGAAGGGUUUAUGUGUUUUGGUUAGGGAGCUACCAAGAGAGAAAAGGGGAAGGGUGUGUGUGUGUGUGAGCAUGCUCCGUUCGGACUGACAUUGGAUGCCGGCUUUAGCUUCGUGCACAAACACACCCAGCAGCAGCAGCAGCAGCAGCAGUGACCACCUACCGCACACGCCAAGGGACAGAAAGAACAUGGCUUAGAGGGAACAGUCGCAGAAAAAGAGAGAGAGACUUUGUUUGGGACUUUCCCUUUUUGUUUCCCCCUCCCUCUCUCUCUCGCUAGCUACAGCCGACCUCCACUUCCACCAGGAAACCGAGAGAGAGAGAGAGAGCCGGGCUUUGUUUUCCAAUCGACAAAGGAUUAUCCCUCCAGCAAGCACACGAGAUUUGUUUUUCAUAGAAACCAGUCGUCUGUUUUUUUAUCCGUGGGAAUUGUUCCACGAACCUGCAAUUCUAAAGGAAGUUGGACCUAAGCAGCGGCCCAAAAAAACGUCCACGAAGGUCCGGCACCGGGAAAAACAAAGGUGGAACUUGCAGAGGGAUAAUUAGCCCGCGUUGGAGGCGAUCUACAGUGACUUUGCUAAGCUGUCUCGUGUUGCUUUUAGUCCCCAGUGGCUGACUGGGAGCAGCCAGGGAGUGGCAGAUUUGACCACACACUGACAGACCGUCGACUAAAUCUGAGUUUGGCUGCCUGUGCUGCAGCGUAAGCACACACGGUAACCUGUUCCUUUAAGUCGGUCCCUGCACCCCUCAUGAGCUCACGCCGGCUAAAUGGGGGACCAGGAGGGAAAAAGUGUGUUCCUGUGUUUUGCAGUGUGUUUAGUGCAGCAGCAGCAGCAACAGUGUGUGGUUUCCAUGGAAAACGCCAGAGAAACAUGGAGCGGAGGGGCUGCGUGAUCGCUCUACCCCUAUGUCUCUGGUCCAAGUGAAAUCGAAGCCGGCUUGCCUAGCGUUGCAAGCUCCGCCCUGGAACUCCUUGUUCAGACUCUUCUCAUGUGUAGCCGCGAGGAACGUGCACAGGACUAAAGAGGUCCCCACAUUUCAAGAGAAGACGAAAGCCUUAUUUGGAAAUCUUAUGGACGAAGAAAUGAGUCGCCAGACUGCCACCGCGCUGCCCACAGGAACCUCCAAGUGUCCCCCAUCCCAGCGCGUGCCCACCCUGUCAGGCACCACCGCCUCCAACAGUGACCUGGCCAGCCUGUUCGAGUGCCCUGUCUGCUUCGACUAUGUCCUACCCCCCAUCCUGCAGUGCCAGUCCGGACACCUGGUAUGCUCCAACUGCCGGCCCAAGCUCACCUGCUGCCCCACCUGCCGAGGCCCCCUGGGCUCCAUCAGGAACCUGGCCAUGGAGAAGGUGGCCAACUCAGUCCUCUUCCCCUGCAAGUACGCCUCAUCGGGCUGCGAAGUAACCCUGCCUCACACCGACAAGACGGAGCACGAAGAGCUGUGCGAGUUCCGGCCGUACUCCUGCCCCUGCCCCGGCGCCUCCUGCAAGUGGCAGGGCUCCCUGGACGCUGUCAUGCCUCACCUGAUGCACCAGCACAAGUCCAUCACCACGCUGCAGGGGGAGGACAUUGUGUUCCUGGCCACGGACAUCAACCUCCCGGGCGCGGUGGACUGGGUAAUGAUGCAGUCGUGCUUCGGCUUCCACUUCAUGCUGGUUCUGGAGAAGCAGGAGAAGUACGACGGCCACCAGCAGUUCUUCGCCAUCGUGCAGCUCAUCGGGACGCGCAAGCAGGCGGAGAACUUCGCCUACCGGCUGGAGCUCAACGGCCACCGGCGCCGCCUGACCUGGGAGGCCACGCCGCGCUCCAUCCACGAGGGCAUCGCCACGGCCAUCAUGAACAGCGACUGCCUGGUGUUCGACACGUCCAUCGCACAGCUGUUCGCCGAGAACGGCAACCUGGGCAUCAACGUCACCAUCUCCAUGUGCUAAGAACUUUUCCGAGAAGAAGAGGGUCAAAAAGUUACAGAUUGUCAGGGCGGGGGCGUCUUUUAAGGGGGGAGGGGUCAAAUCAGUUGUGACCUCACAGCGGCCCCUCUCUCUCUCUCCCCCCCUCUCUGCCUCACCCCUUGAGACGUGGAACUGGACUGUCUGAUUGGGCAGCCGCGGAGGCCCCAGGGGGUGGGAUGGAUGGAUGGAUGGAUGGAUGAUGGAUGAGUGGAGGAAUGCAUAAACACAAGGACAUAACUGUGUAGUGAUGGUUAUAGACUCCUAAACACACACACACACACGUAAACAUAUACGCGAGACUCGUGCACGCACACGCGGUCCCGCCGUCUCUCGUUCAUAAACACGGACGCAAACUGAAAAGCUGUUCAGUCAAACUCUUCAAGUGAUUUUUUUUUUUGUUUUGUUUUUCCCACCACUCUCUCUUUUUAGUGUCUCUCUCUCUCUCUUCUUCCCCUCAGUCAUCCUCAGACAUUUCAGACACUACAGCCCUCCGACCGUCGCUCCAAAGACGCCGGAGGCUCUCCACCCACGACAGCUACACCCUGAGGAAAAGGCUCAAGCUAUCUUUCAACAUGGACUUCUGGUCAGUGCUGGGUAGCCAGCUAGCUACCUUCGACAUCCCCUUACCUUUACUCCCCUCUUCCGUUCCCUGCUGUUUUUGGAUUGAACGGUUCACGCACUACCAACACAUGUAGGCCUACGACUUCCGGUUUCACCGCGGCGGGCGUCUUCAUGUAUUCACUAGCUCAAACUGGAAGUUCCUUACCGCAGUUUGUUCUCUGGGUAUAUAUCUUCACAUGUGACUGGCGUGGCUAUCGAUGGCUGGCUGGGACCGGAACCCGACCCAUAAGACGCCCCAAGAAAUAUGUCCAGGACUGCAGUAAAAGAAACCAAUCGGAUCCAUGUGAGGCUCAUCCGGUUUUCCCUCCGGUCCACCACAGCGGGGCCACCCUAGGCUAAAGAUUGUGCAUCGGACGCUCUUUAAAUAGUUGACUGUCGUUGUUGAUAGUUAUUAGAACAGACUCUUCUGCUCUCAUACUGUACGGAUUUAAGAAGGCCCUCAGCUUCAUCACACGUUUGUUUUCACGGAGUCACGACAGUGCUCUCUCUUUGUCUCUCACACACUCACACACACACACACACACAGACACACACAGGAGUGUGUGUGAGGAUCAGAACGAGGAAAAAAAAAAAUUUGCAUUUCAGUCGAGUCAGUUUUCUUUUGAGGUUCAUUUCUCGAGUCGUUUUAAUUAUUUUAUGUCUUUUUUUUGUAUGAGGAGAGAAGAAGUGUGUGUGUGUGUGUGUGUAUGUGUGUGUAUAUGUGUGUAUGUCUGUGUGUGUGUGUGUGAGACGGACAUGUGGCAAACAGCCUGCUCACUUUCUCCCUUCUCUUCUUCUUCUUCUUCUUGUUUCAUUUCUACUCUUCUGCCUCCACCUUCUCGCUCUGUCGUCUGCCAGUGUCGGCCUCAACCACUGAUUGACUGAUCACCCAACCAGGAAUGAGGGACAGUUUCUACCGUUAAAAUGUUGCUAAUUGUUAUUAAUAAAUGGAGAUUAUCAUAAUUAUCAUUUUUUGUAAUGACUUUUAAAAACAGAUUAAAAGGCAGUUGCAAAACACGUGGCUAAACUUCAGUGUUUGUAGUUUAAAAAGCAAGUUGUGUCGUUCUUCUGAAGAUAUUUUUCUUUUUUUUCUUCCGAGUUGGAUUGUUCUUUUGUUUUUGUUUUUUUUCCCUCAUCUAUUUGUCUCUCCGUCCUCUUGUUGUGUGGUAAGUCUUUUUUCUUUUCCUUUUUUUUGUGUCUUUUGAGGAGGGAGGGGGGUCAAGCCAAUCAUCUCUCCCUUUUCUCUUCACGUGGAGUCUCAGUAAUGUUGCUGCUCUCCCUCAACUCCCUUUUUUCUGUUUAAUUUGUCAUUAAAUAAAUCUAUCUUUUUCAUACCUGG